GCCGUGCUCGUGGCUGCCAAGUCGUUGUCCAGUAAGUUGACCGAUUCACCGAAAAUGCUCAUCUCGGCGGCUGAUAGCGCCAUCUUUGCGACACGGUGUUGGACGAGAUUGGCGGCGUUGCCGAGUUGGAAGCAACAGCUUGGCCUGAUAAAUGAUAAACAAAGGCAGCGUGACAGUCGGAGCAUGGCUUGCAUAUUUCUGGGCAAUAAUCGGCAAACCGGGAGUUGAAACAUUGACGUCGCAUGGCAUCCCACGUUAUCGCCAUAUCACUUCAUUAAGGUGCCAUGGCAUGGUGUUGGUAUUUCGCCGCCACCUGAUUCGCCAGCCCGUACCGUUCCGAUGCAAUGGCUGCCCCGUCCGGAUCGACAGUAUUGGCUUUGGGGGCUUUCCAAGCUGGGUGCAUAUCAAAGUAUCGCAUCCUUCGUGCAUGCGACAGGCCAUAUAUCAAGGGGCUGAGGGCAUAGUUGCCGAGGCCUGACACGUUCAGGGCUCUGUACAGCGAGCUGAAAAUCUGGCGACAUCUGGGAUUGAGCACGUCUUGGAUUCGGGCGAUAAGAAUCGCGAGAUUGGUGGGGUCUGGAUAUGGGCAGUGGAGC